UAACGCCAAAAAACAUCUUCCUGACCGUGAUCGCCAUCGUCAUCGGCAGGUAAGUUUAUAAAGGUUGGCUCGCUGUCUAUUUUCAUCCAGUGAUUUACUACUCUGUGUUACAGUUCGGUGCUAUUUGCUAUUUGCCAGUUUUACCAUACUCUUGGCCUCUUCCGCUUAGUUGAGUUCUUCGUCCAACUAAUAAAUGUUUUUAUCUUUGCCUCUCACUCAGUUUGCACCAGCUCUUCUCUUGCUUUUUUGUCAGGAUAAAAAAACUUUGAUCCAACAAGGCCCGCGCUGUGGAGUCAACGCAGAUGAUUUUGCGAGUACAGAAGAAAGAGAAACACAGGCAUGUAGAUCAGUCUUUGUUGAUCCUUCACUCGCGGUGUUUGAUUUCGAAGUCUCUUUUCGUGUAGACCUCAUCUAGUGAUCAAUUUCAGAAUUUCAGCAUACGCCAUCUACUUAAAGCUCUCUGCAAAAAUAACCGAGUUUUUUCUUCUAAGUAGAUAGUCAUAGUAAGAGCAAAUUGAUUUUCAGUAACGACACAUCAGACUCUAGGUAUCAAUAACGCAAAGAUCAUUUUUUUGAUUUGUUCAAUUCUAGACUCAGACUGACUUUCUUCUCCCCAUCUCUCUACUUUUUUGCGAUCUUUUUAUCUUUAGCAUUGUAACAAUUUGUUCUUUUUGUUCAAGUAGGUCCAAGUCGUAGUUCGUUGUCUCGUAAAACACAGACGCUACUUGUUCUGAGGAAAUAAAUUUGUUGCAGGAGGCGUAUCAGUAAUCAUAAUCAUUUUUCUUUUAUUUUCCGCAAUUUCUUUCCACCCUUUGUAAACCCCCUUUGGAAAUUUCCAACUUCGUGCUAGUAGAACAGAGCGUAUUAAUAUUAAGAUUGAAGAAGUUGCACAAUUUUGUUUUUGGAAAGCUUGAAGUGCAAGGAAACAAACAAACUACAAAAUGCCUUCGAAUUCACUGAGCCAAGUCUCCUCUUCCGCUGCUGCUCCUGGAGGGAGUGGCAGCACGGAAGUUUUGUUUUUCUUUACGGGCGUCGGUGUGUGCAAUGGCGAGCUUGACGACACGUCGGCCCUCGAGGGAAGCCCGACCUGGCAGUACUGGCAGGAAUUCCUCGACGCGGCGACUACUCCCACUGAGAAAGAGAUCCUCCGCCUCGCAGCUAUUCAGACCUCCCUCUUCGAUCUGUGGAGUAAAGAAUGGGGCAUUUUUUCGUCUGCUCCGGGUACUAUUAUAGUCUAAUAUACUGCUUCUAUAAUCCACCUAUCCCUAUGAUCAUUUUUUGAAUAUUGUUGUUUGACGCACGCAUCUUUUACUUUUUCUUCCCCGUCCUUGUGAACAUCAAAACGAAGAUCAUUCCGUGUCCAUGGCCGAGAACAAAGGAGACGAAUAAUCGAUGUAGCAACAAGUUUUCUUCAUCUUUGUAUUUUCCGAGGUGUACUAUAAUAUAUCCACCAUAUCGAAUUAUCAUGAUUCCUAUGCGACCCUACGGAACUGUAUCUAUAACAGAGCAGUUUGUAGCACGCAUGGUGCAUGGAGUGCAUGGAGCACUUGCGCCACUCCCACGCAUGGAGUGCAUGGGGUGGCCGCGUGUCACGCAUGGAGUGCAUGGAGCACGAGGUGGCGCGCUAGCCUCUGCCAUCAGCCGCUCCCCUCCUGUCGAUCGAUGGAGCAGCGGCGCAACGCAAAAGCGGCCCAGGACUGAGAGGCCCUCCCCCCUCGCCUGUCCGCUUUCUAUGGUUGCGGACCCAGUAGAGGACGUCACUGUGAGCCUCGGGCCGUUCCCGCUUGAGAGCCCGGCCUUCGACGAGCCCCCCCCGGCCUCCGGUUCUGCGGGGUACAUGCAGGAAAGGCGCCCCUUCAGCCCGGCAGACCCCGCCAAAAGGGGUCCCGCCGGGGCUGAGAGGUUCCCUCCUCGCCUUCCUAGGUCGGGGAUGGGUAUUGCGCCCUGGUUGAGCCCUGGGACACACAUACACAGCCCCCCUCUUCCACUUUUUGCAUGGGUCAGCCCCGUGUGGUUGCCUAGAGCGGUGCAGCAGUAGCAAGGCUUGCUCCGGAAGAGGAGUGAACCCCCCGAGGAUGCGACUUGCUGGGCCCUUUGCCGAAAUUUCCGGGCACCGAAGUACCUGGCAACGACCACCAGGGGCAGCAAUGUGUGUCAGGGCGCCUAGACUUAUGCAGCAGCAAGCCCGGACUGCCGGCCAGUGUGGGCGUGGUGCUUCGUCCUCGAGUCGGCCGCUCCAUCGUCUCAUCGUUGCAGUACAGGGCUGCAGCGGACGAGUCUCGGGCAAAGGGGUGCCCGAAGGGCACCCCGCAAAAUUUUCACGCAUGGGGUGCAUGGAGUAGAAGUGGGGGCUGGCAAGAUUCUUGCCACUCCAUGCUACUCCAUGUGAUCCAUGCACUCCAUGCCAUGCACGCCACAAAAGCUUAUGUAUAAACUAUUCUGCUAUAAGUCGUGUUCCACGAUUUUAUGUACAGGGCAGUAGAGCUUCUGUGUGCUUACAUCACUAUCAUAAUUUACUUGCUUCCACGACCAUACAACAGCCAAGUUAGCCGCAUCGCACUCUCUUGGGGAUUUGGCGGCAUUGUACGCAUGCGGCAUCCACUCCCUAGAUGAAGUUCGUCGUCUGGCCGUGUGGAUCGCAUCUGCAAUGGAGCCCUUUGGCGGGUGGAUGGCCAGUUGCUAUGAGCCGAAGAAUGUGAAGGAUGAGAAGGCUACCGGCAACAAGGACACUAACGGCAAAUGCUUUGUUGCCAGUGAGAACUUCGUGUCGCUGACGAGUCAGAAGAGGCAUGUGACGGUGUGCGGACGCAACGAUGACGGGUCGUGGGAGGCCUUUCAAGCAGCAAACCCGUCCGCGAAGAAGCUCGCUGUGAACCACUGCUGGCACCACCCCUCGGUGCGUCCGGUCGGAAAGAUUCCGCUUGGUGCUCCUUCAUCUGGUGCUUCUGGCACUACCACUUCUACUAAAAAUGGGGCAGAUUCGAAGUCGUUCUGGAGCUCGUGUACCGGAAAAUGGAUGUCGCAACAGGAUUACGACGCGGAGAAGUACUGGGCACAGUGGCUGUGUAACCCAGUUUCCAUGCUUGGACUCGGGGAUGCCGAGACGCGUUUGAAGUCGUCCACCGGAAUGGCCAACAUCGCGAUGAGCGGCAAUUUUCGGGUCGUUGAAAUCGGAGCGCAUCCUAUUUGCGCGGCGUUCAUUCCGGAAUUCCCACCGCUGAAGAUCGUGCACAGCAUGAACCGCAACGAGGCCAGUGCUGUUCACUACAUCGUGGCGCAGCGUGCAGAAAAACUGCCGCAGCGUGUGGCUAUGCAGUUGCGCCACUUCCUCACCAGCACGGUGCUGACCUCGUUCCCCCGCUUCGAUCCGGCGCUACCCUGGCUGAAGCAGGGAAUGACCUCCUUGGUCUUGACCGAGAUUUCCUCGAAGCUUCAGCGUUUCUUCCCCGGUCUGCAGCCUGGUGAUCUGUACUCGUACCACACGUUGGACGAAUUGUGGACUCGCUACGGCGACAAUAAGGCAGGAUCUAGCAACACGCAACUCCUGGGUCUCUCUGGCGCAGCUGGGGCUGGCGGUUCUUCGAACAGUCGCAUCGUAAUCACUGGUAUGGGCUGCUGGCUUCCUGGCGCAAUCUCAUCCCCGGCCGAUGCGAAAGUGUUCUUUGAGCAGUGCCGCGACGCAGUGCGCCUCGAGAAAGGUUUUCAUCAUCGCGAGUGUGGUUACAUGGAGGACUUCCCGUUCCACUUCUCGAAGUUUGGUGUUCGUGCUGCUGAAGCCCGCAAUAUGGAUCCGCAGCAGCAGCUCUCGCUCUUCGUGGCUGACCUAGCUAUUCAGGACUCAAAGCUGUCCGCGGACGUGCUCAAAGGCCCACGAACUGGUGUGUAUAUGGGUGUGUGGAACCAGGACUUUCAGGGAACCCGGGACUCCGCCUAUGACGUUGUGGGCAGUAAUCCGAGCAUUAUCGCUUCACGGAUUUCCAGUCACUGGGAUUGCCGCGGCCCGAGCAUCGUGGUGAACACGGCCUGUGCCUCUUCGCUCGAGUGCGUGGUACGCGCCAUGGACGAUAUGCGUCUGAACAAGAUCGACCACGCCAUUGUGGGUGGCGUAAACGUAAUCCAUAAUCCGGAAUUCACGGAUCGCAUGAAGCGCGGCGGGUUUUUGGGCGAAUCCAUGCGAUGCCGCACGUUCGACGACUCUGCAGAUGGUUACGUGCGAUCCGAAGGUUGCGUUGUCUUGGUGUUGUCCCGAGGUGAGAAGCUUGCGCCGGCCAGCUACUACUGCGAGGUAGCGGGUGGCGCGAGCAACCACAAUGGCUACUCCCCACUGAUCACUGUGCCGUCGGCUGCUGCGCAGAGCGAACUCAUUCUUGCUGCUUGUGCGAACGCUGGAAUCACAACCGACGAUUUGGACUACCUGGAAUGUCAUGGCACGGGGACUCGCAUCGGGGACCCAAUUGAGGUUGACGGAAUUACGCGCGCCUGUCUCGCUACUCUGCAGAUGAAGAAGACGCAGAUGAAGCGUACUCAGCCUCUUUAUCUUGGUUCCGCGAAGGCCAACCUUGGCCACUUGGAAUCGGGUGCUGGCGUCACUGGGCUUUUGCGAGCGGUGCUGUCCUUGCAAGCACAGGCGGUCUUCGGCAAUCCGCUUUUACGCAAAUUGAACCCCGGCCUGAAGUGCCCGUCGUGGAUGGUCCCAGCGAAGGACUUGACUCCAGCGAGGUUGGGUUUCGCAGGUGUUUCUUCAUUUGGUUUUGGCGGAAGCAACGCGCACAUCGUUCUAACUGCGCCGGGAUCCAAAACGGGCGGCCGCGUGGAUAUCACAAAACUCAUGCAGCAGGCUUCGAGCACCGACAAACAUUCCCCGCCGGAGGUUUUGCUCGUGACCAAGCCGAAGAACAUGAGUGUGAAGAGCUCCGUGUCUGAUGUGAGUGACGUGUCUUCGUUUGUGCAUCUCAAACGUCCAGAUGUUGAAGACUGUCGACCUGGAAGUUGCGACGGAAGCGACGGCACACCACCUGCCACGACGGCGAACGGGGCCGCGAACUACGCUGCUUCUAACAACAUAGGUGCAGUCCUGCGACAGCUAGUUCGCAUCAUUUCGCAAAUGGGCGUGCAAAUUGCUGACCGUGUCUCCACUCCGCUUUUGGAAGUUGGGAUGGACAGCAUGAGCGUCACAGACCUUUUUCUGCAAAUCCAGCAGCAGUUUGGUACCGAAAUACUGCUGGAGGAGGUUGACUACGCUUCUCUCAGCGCAGCGAUGCUUGCACAGGUCGUUGUUUCCAAGGGUGGAAGCGCUCCAGUUGGAGCAGCAGAGAUGGAAGCCCUGGAGGCAGGAGAGCAGAGCGGAGCGACGACCGUGGUGUCGCAAAAGCCGCUGCCGCCGGAUUCUCCUAAUGCUGCAGCGUCGUCUCCGGUUAUCAUGUCGCCAACUUUGCCCAACAUGCAACCUGGAAAGAUGCGCGCAAUCGGCAGCAUGGCAAGCGUUGCUUCGGACGCGACUGCGGUAAGCACGCGGCAGAAGCUCUCGCACCACGUCGUAACUCAGAAGUUAUUUGGUAUGCUCAAGACCAUGGGUGUGCAAAGCACGGAAGCUCGCGCGCCGCUGCAGGACCUGGGACUGGAUUCGCUUGCCAUCACGGACUUGUUUCUGCAGAUGGACCGCACUUUCGGCACCACAGCCAACAACGGCGACCUCCUGAUUGAGGGCGUGAGCGUCGACAAGCUGGCAACCUUCAUCCUGUCAAGUGGAAACGUCGAUCAGUCGGUGGUCAAUCUAAUCGAGAUGAAAGCGAGUGCGAGCAGCCCGCAACUAAAAAUGAUGGAGGUGAUGGAGGGCGAGCCUGCGUCCCCGGUAGGUAAAUCCAGCGCAUCUUCCAAAGCAGCCCCGCAGCCGUCGACGAAGAUGAAUAACUUCAUGGACAAACUAGGUGCCAGCGCCGUUUGUGAUCCGAUUGCACCCGUAGCCAGUGCCAAGCCAGCUGCAGCCCCUUCGACUACUGCUCCGACUACUGCUGGUAAAGCCAAGGGCGUCGGUUUUGAAGACCUUGAAUCCUUCGAUUACUACCUGACGCGUCCGUUCCAGAAGAAGCGCCGUGGUAUCCUGACCACCCAUGUGGGUUCACUGCCGCGUUCCUUCGGUGCAACCAGCUAUGACCACAUUUUCCAGCAAAUUGACAUUGGUCUGGAUAUCGUCAACGACGGCGAAGUCAAUCGAGCGAGUUACGCUGACGAGGUACUAUCCCGUUUAACUGGUUUCAAGAGUCUGGGUGCUGGACACGAAGCCUCGCUCGCCCACAUGCCGCACGAUGUGGCCGAGUGCCCGAACUGCGCGCGACGAUUCAUGGGGAAAAGCAGUCUGAUCACGCUGAACCGUCGUUUGCCAGCUCUGAACCCUGCGUGCGUUGGGGAGGUCACGUACCACAACGCCACACACAUUCGCAAGUAUCUCGACGAGUACGAGCACUCCUUGCGGAGAAACGGAACGGAACCCUCAAGCGCUUUCUACAGCUGCCCGAGUCCCGGAACGCUUGCUCUGUUCUUCAAAAACACGUACUACACGACUGAUGAGGAGUACCUGGAGGCCCUCGCGAGAGCGGUGGCGCACGAAUACCGCGAGGUCGUGCGACGUGGCUUCACUCUGCAGAUCGACUGUCCGGAUCUGGCCAUGGGUCGCCACACACAAUUCCAAAAAAUGUCUGACCGCGAGUUCAUUCAGGUUCAAAAGACCCUAAUCAAUGCUCUCAACUUGUCGAUCGAGGGCUUGCCGCCGUCGCAGGUGCGUGUACACAUCUGCUGGGGCAACUACGGCUUUUCGCAUCAUCGCGACAUUCCGCUCGACAAGAUCGUCGACAACCUCAAUCUGAUUCGGUGCUCUGAGCUGCUGAUCGAGAACGCGAACCCGCGCCACAACCACGAGAUUGACGCCAUUGCUCAAAUCCACAACGCGGUGAUCACUCUGGGUUGCGUCGAUACCAGCUCGCCGCACGUCGAGAACCCGAACUUGGUGGCUCAGCGCCUCUGUAAACUGGCACAAAUGGUCGGUCCGGACCGCGUCAAAGCAGGAACGGACUGUGGUUUCGCCACCACGUCCGAGUCGAACUCGAACACGGAGAUCGUGGUCAUGAAAAUGCGGUCUUUGGUCCGCGGAGCCAGAAUUGCAAGCAGCAUUCUCUUCAACGGUAAUCUUUGAAGUACAAAAAUUCGCUUUUCGGAAGUACACGAAGUUAAUUCAUGUGCUCCUUGUUCUCGAUUUUGGGUUAUAAUACGGCUCUGCGUAUGUGUAUCACCAUCAUGAUCAUCUUCUCUGUCUCUGACUCUCCUAUCAAUCUUCGCCUAUCACUAGUUGCCACUCCUGAUCUGAACAAUCCGGGUCCUCACUUCUUUCUAAAUUAUAUUAACUUUCUCAGGUAUUUCUCUCUUUGAACCACGCGCCCGUGCGCGUAUUUACUGGUUCGGAGAGCCGCCGCAGCGGAACCUACCAACCUUUGAGAUCCGCUAUGUGCCGGACUCCUUGCUAAAGGAGGACGUCAGGGCUGUGGUUUCCCACAUGAAGUCUUACACCGAGCUGCCCGCCUUUUUUGUCGAAGUACGCGGAAAGGAAAACGGAGACAGUAUUCAGAUUUUCAAUUCUCCUUCUCCUUGACUUAUUUGAGACCGUGACCGUGAUACUGAAGAUUUGCUGUAAAAGAGAGCUCCAUGACCCGAAUUUCAGCUUUGACUUUUGUUGCGUGCUAUGAAAUUGAGACUAUCUUUCACUUUCUUCAGAGCUCGCUGGGCGCAAAGGCUACGAACUGAAUGCUGCCUUGACGUCGUUUCAAGAGCUGCAGACUAUGCUCGAGUACAGCGCAGCUUACCCGCAGAAGGUGUUGAAGUUUCCCGGGAGCGAUGCCGUAUCCUUUGACACGAUUAUGGCCACCGUGCGCGACGGCAUUGUUUUCGAUCCUUACAAGCUGCGCAUGGAGAAGCGCUUCUUGGAGAACUCGAAGAAGCAAUUGAAGAGCGAGUACGAGGUGGUGAUCGUUGGCGCGGGCAUCACGGGAUUGCACGUCGCCCAUGAGAUGCAGCAGGCCGGCAUCGACUUCUGUCUCCUCGAGAAGGACGAGAACAUCGCUGGCAUCUGGAAACACUACGCGAACGAGCGUUCCCAGGUGAACACGAGUGAAGCGGCCUACCGUCUGCUAGAUAAGGUGAACACGAACAAGGACCACAGCACCACACGCGAGAUUCUCACGGAUGCGGUGACUGUUGCUACCGGUCUGGGCGAUCGUCUGUUCCUGAAAGCAGCCGUGUCGUUUGUGGACAAGACCGGAGAAAGCGCAGCUACCGGAGGCACGCAGUACCGUGUCCGACUGGAAGACGGUUCCAUCGUGCGCUCGAAGGGUUGCAUCAUGGCCAUCAAUGACCGCGUCGGCAAGCCGCGACUAGUCAAGUGGCCGCGACAGGAGGUCUUUCAAGGUGAAAUCCGCGAUGGUUUUUCGAACGAUGCGGCAGAUUUGGACUGGGUCGGCAAGAAAGUUGUCAUCGUGGGCAUGGGCGCGUUCGCUACGGAGAACUUGCGCACAGCAAUGGAGAUGGGCGCAGCAAGCGUGACUAUCUUAGCCAGACGCCAUGGAACUGUACUUAACCACUUACUUAGAUAAAGACGAGACUGAACAACGAGUGCUAGCAUAGUUAGGUAGGGCAUCAUGUUGAAUAUGGUUUGCCUUCAGAAAGGCAACAGUUUCUUUUUUUGCAACUUCGUUCUUGUAUGUUCGUACAUUGCAACCGCAUCUCGUACAACGGGCUACCAAUGUACUUAUUGAAAUUGCCCUGGCAGAUCAAGUGAAAGAUCAUCUAGAAGUUUGUUGUAUUUAAUAUGUUCUAUUAUUUAUGUUUUUUUUUCGUCAUGAUGAUGAUCAUGUGCAAGAAGCUCUAGCUUGAUGCCUGACACAAUCAUCUCCCAGGUCUGCCCGAAGUACAUCGACUACAUCAACUUCGUGAACAAAAAUAGUGGGGAUAACUUAGGGCACGAUUCCGUUACCAAUACGAAGAAUAUGAUCACAUGGCGCAGUCUGUACGAGCGCACCGGUGCCAAGAUGCCCGAGUGCUGGAUGAAGGAGAUCAAGCACUACGGUCACACGAUUUCGGUAUCCGACAUCUGGUUUAUCGGCCACCACCUGCGUAUUUUGGAUUCGCUGGCCGACGAAAUCGACUACUUCCGUGAGGACGGCAUCGUGUGCAAGGACAGCGGUUCUUUUCUCCCCUGCGACAUUGUGAUCAAGUGCACCGGCUUCGAGCGCAACGCGCAAUUGAUCCCGAUCUUGACUCCGUACAACGCCGUCAACAGUUGCAACUACCUUGAUACCAAUUUCAUGUACCUCGCGGAUGCGCUAAUCGACGACAACGUCUUCAACAGUGUCUUCGGCAGCAGUGUGGUCGAGAUGGCGAAGCUCUUUUGUUCCGUGUAUCUCUACUUCUGGCGCUCUCCGGAAGAUUACGCGCUGAUCCAAGAAAAACUGGCUCUAGUACCGGUCGAGAUUCGUAAGUGGAGUGACUACAUUGGCGGCUUAGAUUUGCUCUACGAGAAUUUCCAGGGCAUCCGUGACAUCUCGAAGCAGCGUAUCGACAAACGCCGUGAGGACUUCCUGAAGGCGCAUAACGUCGAAGAGUACCUGCGCGAGAAUCGCCGCGAGUGGAACGAAUUGCAUCACAUUUUGGGCGUCUGGUCCGAGCAAACUGCCGUGCUUCCAUACCCGAAGUGGUCCGCGUCGUCUCAAGCUGCAGCUCAGUGAAUUGAACUGGAGUGCACUUGGAGAAGGAAAACGAAAAUGUUUCACAGGAGCACCAUUGAAGACUUGAAGAUUUGGAAUUGAUAUAGAUAUUAAUUUAAGCAAGCAUGAUUAUAUUUAUUCGUUUGUAUUUGUUGGUGGAGAUAAUGCAUGGAGAGCGAAUGGGAAACAAUUAAAACAAAAUGAUAAAGCAUAAAAUGUGAAAGAAGUACGAGGACUACAUUGAUCGAUUACCCAGAAUGAUUCCAAAGAGAAAAAAAAUUAUGUCGUACCUCUCUUAGUCUUACUAGAUCAUACUAGAGCUCAGCAAUAGCUUUCACUCACUUUCUCACACUCACGAUACCUGUUCCCAAUUUCUUGUGAUUCUGGAUGAGCUUUUUUUUAAGAUGAUGGUCGAUCCAGCACGAGCACCAGCGAGUAUCAUCGUCAUGAUCUGCUAAAUAAGUAGAAUCCACAAUGAUUUCACCUUCAGAUCAUCGUAGAAGAUUUAGAAUUUGUUAGAUAGAUCCCCUUUCUACAGGGAGGAGGAACUCAGAUUGGUUUUUUCGACAUUUCUCUUGCGUCUGCGUGGUUCCGUGGGAACAGCCUAACCGUUUUAUUCGGAUCGGGGGGAAUUUGUGCAGGGAACACUCGCGCUCUUUUUGUCCGGCGCCCUACGCGAGACUCUGUUUAGAGCUUUGGCUCCCGCUUUUUGGCUAUAUCUUGUGAAACUAACACCAGACGGGAACUAUCAUAGUUCUGGUGUUUCGAAAAGUCUAAUAAAGCAAAAAAUAGCUAAUCCCAAUUAUAACACAGAAAGACAUCGAGAUCGACAUGCCCUCCACAGCACCCUGAUGUGUUUUGAUAUUUUGAUAUUUAUUGCGAUUGCCCGCUUUUCACAGCACCAAGAGCAAGACAGGAAUGAAAUUUGAAUAAGUAGCCUAAGCGUAACUAUGUAGAAGAAAUGUAAUCCCAAUAGCAUUUGAUUUCGUGGCAUUGAUACUCGUUUUCCUUGUUGUCCUACAGGUCAUCUGGCAAAUUCGCUCGCAUAAUUGGUCAGUAUCAACGUCUGAGCCUUCAUUUAUACGCGCAACAGUAGUUCCAUGCGGCGCCCAGAUUACUUAGACGGAUCCUCAAAAUAACCUACUGGACUCGGCCGGUAGGUGUAUCUAUCGUAUCAAUUUCUCACGUCACAACUUGUUUCCAUGUCUUUUAUAGUUAGUUCCACCGGCUUUACAUGUGUAGAGUUAAUAUUUAUGGAUGUUUGAGAUUCAGGACAUUUACCCUGGAGUUACAACUUCUUAUCGGAGAUAAUUUGCGACGUUCUGUGUGUAUUUUCGUCGUGGUGUAUCAUCUAUUCUCUUCAUGGUAUCAAUUUUGUUCCUGCAUACAAGCAUUGAUGCUUGUCGAGAAUUCACCCCGACGAGGCGACUAGGGAUUCCUAUGUAUUGUAAAAAUAUGUGCUCUCUUUGAUUUAUUUGUAUGCUCUAGAGUUAGAGAUUGCAAUUGCUACCACUUCUAUCCCACCGAAUUACAAGAACCGUGCACGUCUAAGAUGUCCCCGUCACUCACACGCGCAGAUCACAACUGAGUCGUGAUGCGAACGUUUGGGCUGACUACGUCUUCUGUUAAUUAUUUUCACUCAGAUAUAACAGAGACAGAGAAUUUGUAAAAAAAAUUAUGUGACCUAUGAGUGCUAGGAACAACAUCGUCAGGGAUGCACACAUGACGCUGAUGCUCAUGCUCUUGAUCUUAAUACUACGGAGACCUGAACGAACCUGAUAGAUAAAAAAAGAUGAAAUAAGUAAGUACUUACUAAAACUACAACAUGGAACUACAUUCAUCAACAUAGAGGCGAGGAAGCCGAAGCAGGUGGAGGAGCUGCAGCAACAACUGGUAGGAGGAAAGCAGGGAAGUAACAUUCAUAAGAACUCCCUCCUACGCCAGUAGCUGCGCGGAAAAUAUGUAGGCAGGUUCUAUUCGGAAUUUGUUCGCGAUACAAAAAAAGGAAUGUGUAUGAAUUGAGUUGUAUGAUCGUUGGCUACAAUCUUUGUAUCGCGACAAGAGUCUCUCCUUGGAAUUCUGAAAGCUCGAGGCCGCAGCAUGAUCGAAGUAGGAUUUUUAGGCUUACAGGGAGGCAGGCUCUGACUUUAAAAGAGUAUAUUUGCUACGGUGACAAAAUGAAGUUGGAUGUAAAUAGAUGAUUGAUUUGUCGUUGUCUUGAGUAGAAUAAGAAUUGCUUCGAACUCGUCGUGGAGCCACGAAAGUGUCGUUGCCAGCGCGGUAGAAGUGCGAGCGAGCGCGGCGUCAUUUUUCCAGAUAACUGAAGCCCUCAGUUCCACUAUCAGUGGUGGAUUGUGUGUGUGAGACUCGUGUGAAGAAAGUACUUAAGAAGUGAUCAUGUGGUCUUUUUAUAAGAUUCAUGAUCGAAGAGGGCAGACGAGAUCAGCAGGUAAAUAUAUGAAUGACCAAUAAAUAACGACCGGCGCGUUUUCAUGAAGCUAGAAACCAUAAUGCACGUCAGGCUUUGCUUCCUCGAUGACAUUCUAUUUCAAUUAGUUGUAUGUCAGAUAAUCAUAAUGAUAAUCAUAAUCGGAAUACUUACUGAUCUGGGCAACUCACCAUGACCAUACAGAUUGAUGCAAGCAUUGAAGAUACAUCUAUUUGAAAACGCGCUUGAGAGCACAGUACUAGAAGCUUCGACCACGGCUCACCCUUCAGUCAGGGCAAGGCCGUCGUCAACUCACAGGGUAUUAUACCAAGGCUCCAACAAUUCAUUCUUGCAGUCUGAUGUUUGAAUACUUACAGUAUGAUGGUGCAUGCUCAUGCAUGUGCGAUGAGAUCACUCAUAUUACUAGUACGGAAUCAUAUUAAUAUGAGGCCGUCUCAAGCGCAGGUGUCAUGUGAUCAUGCAGUAAGAAGAUGCAACUAACAAGAACGCCAGCAAAUUGUUAUAGCUACAGUACACUAUGCAUGGACGAACUACUCGUUGAAAGGUGAUGCACCUGAUUGAAAUGCGACACGCUGCGAUAUAGAUUGGUAUUACCUUCUACACAGUUUUUCGACUUGUGCUUGUAAAGCUAACAUGAGGACAACAUACGGGUGUAGAUGUAGGGAUUGGAACAGACGACAGUUGAUUCAUCAGAUUUCACAUACGGAGGUACAAAGUGUUCAGGCAUGAACGAAGUCGUGACCUGCUCUAUUGAUGCAUGAUUUGGGAUUGGGACACACGUUGUUGACAGUAUUUCCUCCCAAGUAUCCUAAUGUUGUUGUGCUAUAAUAUGUUAUUUCUAUGAAUAUUUGGAUGUGGAUUUUCAUCAUAAUAAAAAAUUGAUUCUCUUAUUAUAUCUGAAAAAAAGGCAGAAAAACACACCUAAACCUAUUUCAGACUUUUUUGUUUCUUCUUAGAUCUUCCUCGCUUGUCAUAAUAUUCAUAUUUAAAAGAUAAUGAACAACAAUCCUCGUCACUUCUGACUGGGUGCCAACAUGCACGCUCCUCGUCACUUCUGACUGGGUGCCAACAUGCACACUCCUCGUCUUCUGACUGGUAGAAAACAACAUGCACUUACACUCCUCGUCUUCUGACUGGGUGCCAUCAUGGAUGUUUCAAUUUAGGGGCUCGUGCUCUAUUUUCUAUGACACAUUCAACACGCAGCCCCCUCCUGAAAGCAAACAAGAGUAUGACACAGAAGAUCAUGAAACAAAUGAUGUGCGUGAAAGUGAUUGUAAUAUUUUGUUGAAAUUGAUUAUUGAACGAUGUGGUCAGACCCACCUCUGUGCUUUAUUCAGGGAGCUUUGUAGUUGUUUGUCACCGACGCUUUCUUGUUC